CAACAUUUCAAUUAAAAUGGUUAUAUAUUGAGGAAUUUAAACAUUGGUUACGCGAAGUGCCAGAUGAUGAUAGUUUAUGUUAUUGUAAAAUUUGCGAUAAGUCUUUUGUUUGUGGAUUACCGCAAAUCUAUCGUCACGCCGAAACAAAAACACAUAUGAAUAAAUGUGAAAGUAAUGAAAUAAGACAAUCGAAUGAAGAUUGGAAUACGGAAAGUAAUGAAUCACUUUUACCAUUUGCAUUUGAUGAGCGCAUAAAAGAAGCAGAGAUUAGAUAUGCCGCAUUAAUUGCUGAAAUGAAUAUUCCUCAUCAAAGUGCAAACAAGAUUCUCAGUUUUUUUCAACACGUAGGAAAAGAUCCUCAUGUAUUACGAAGUAUGAAAAUGGGUCGUACAAAAUGUAAAAGUAUUAUUACGAACGUUUUAUCCAAAGUUGAAACGAAACGUGUCGUAGACAACAUUCAAAAUACAAAAUUUUCAAUAUUUAUAGACGAAACAUCUGAUAUUUGUAACGAAAAGUGGAUGACUUUUCAAGUUCGAUACCCUGAUCCUGGGACAUUAGAUAUUCGCACGCAAUUAGUUGAAUUAAUUAAUAUCGAUGCUAAAGAUUCCAGCGCAAAAAAAUUGUUUAAUGCAUUUAAAAAUGAAAUGUACAAAUUGCAGGUACCAUUUCCGAAUAUCAUUGCUCUGUCAUGCGACAAUGCGUCUGUCAUGAUAGGGAAACAUGUAUCAUUCCAAAAAAAAUUGGAAAAAGAAUGUCCACGUUUAUUAACAUUUCCAUGUCCUUGCCAUUCCGCUGCAUUAGCAGCGCAUGCUGCAAGUGAUAAAAUACUCGAAGUUUGUGAUCAAUUUACUAAAAUGAUAGUUAGUUACAUAAACAGCAGUCCAAAAUGUUUAGCAGUUUUCAGUGAAUUU